CCAUGAAGGAUAAGUCUGUCAAGAAAUACAUAUUGAAGCUUGUCGGACAAGAAAUCUUCAAAGAAGUGAAGUGUAUGGCAUCCGACAAGGUUAACUCAAUCCUUCAGAGCACAAACGCCAAUGACCUGAAAUGUUUCUCCUGGAAUUCUCUGCUUACUGAGCUCACACAGUUUGCUCCCUUGAUGUCCAGUGUUCUAGUUUCUGCUACCAAAACUCGAGCACCUCGUUCUAAUACCAAGGCAGUGAUCGGUAUGUGCGCAGCAAUCAUUCUCAAACAUAGAAACCCUAGGAUGAAUAUCGUUCAGAAAAUUAAUUCACUGAUCUUGUACGCUGGUCAUAGUUCAAAACAGGUGUAUCAACGCUUGAACCCCCUCAACCUAACUGUGUCUCACGUAUCGAUGAUUCGAGUGUUGGCAAAGGUAGGGCUGGGUUAUGAUGCCAGGGUGAAGGAGUGGAGAGACUCUCUUCUUGCCACUAUCACUGACGAGGAUGAAUUAACUACACAACAAGCUCCUUGGUCAAAAUCGACAGAAGAUGGUGCAGCAGACUCUGAUGACUGUUCGACUGACAGUGAUGACUCGUGGAAACAAUUUCCCCCAAUGACAUCUGAUGAAGAGGAUCAACCUUCUGAAGAUCAUGAUAGUGCAGACGAUACUGGUGAUGAAGACCUUAAUGACAGUGGUCAUUUAGGUACCUGCUCCCGAUCAACAGAAGAAGAAAGUAGUGGUUGAAGCAUACAUAGUGAAUGUGGAAGUA